AUGUCCGCGUGUGUUAGGCACCCUUCGCUCCGCCCCUUGCUCGUGUCCCCGGCGCCAUUUCGCGGCGCAUAUGGCGGGGGCCUUUCCCCGACAUCUCCAGGGCCCGCGGUGUCGGGUGCGCCCCGUGGCUCCGUGGCAUCGGUACGCCCCGGCGGCAAAGUGUGUUCCGCGGCCAAACCUGCAUUAGGACCGGGCAGGCGGGACGGCGACUUGGGUCGGCCGUCAUCAUUAGAUGGCUCGUUAAAAUCGGUGGGCUGCGAAUCUACCUUGCUGAUCGACUGCAUCUCGGCGGUACGGGAGCGUCCUCCCCGCUGGAGUCGGUCCUGCCGCUCCAGCCGUCACUCAGCGUCCGGCGAGACUCCUGAACUCCGGCCGCUCGAACCCGCGUGUAUCGGGGAGCGGUCCCGGGUUUCGGCAGCACUUGUCGCCUCGGGAAUCUUCCUUAACCUGACGUCUCAUACGUGGUUUUGGAAUACAAUUCAGAAUGAUUUCAAGAAUGGGAAUGUUGAUUUAGAGGGCUGCAGGAGGCUGCUUGAAAAAAUGCAAAUAAAAUUUGAUGAAGACCAUUUAAAACAUAUUUUCAAGAAAACUAUUGACAAACAGUCAGGAAAUAUUAUUAGCAUGGACGACUUCAGAGCAAUUUAUCGAGCUCUUGUACACAGGCCUGAAUUUGAAGAACUAUUCAAGGCUUACUCGACAGAUGGCAAAAUUCUACCUGACAGCCAGCUCCUUAAAUUUCUUAUAAAAGAACAAUUUCAAACUGAAGCUAAUGAAACAACUGCCUUAGAAAUUAUUAUGAAGUAUGAACCCAUUGAUGAAGUGAGGAAGAAAAGGCAGUUGUCAUUUGAAGGAUUUAUAAGAUACCUGAACUCAGACGAAUGUUCAAUAUUUAAAAGCCAGCACAAGACCGUCUAUCAAGAUAUGAACCAGCCAUUAUGUGACUAUUUUAUUUCAUCUUCUCACAACACCUACUUGAUAGCUGACCAGCUAAUGGGACCCAGUCACUUAUGGGGCUAUACCAGUGCUCUGUUAAAAGGAUGCCGUUGCCUGGAGAUUGACUGCUGGGAUGGCACCAACAAUGAACCUAUUGUGUAUCAUGGUCACACUUUAACAAGCAAAAUUCCAUUUCGCUCUGUAAUUCAUGUGAUUGACAAGUAUGCAUUUAUGUCAUCUGCCUAUCCAGUUAUACUGUCUCUGGAGAACCACUGCAGCCCUAAACAGCAGGAAGUAAUGGCAGACUGCUUGAAAAGUAUUCUAGGUGACAAACUUCUCACUACACCAAUUGGUGGUGCAGUAGAUAUGACUGAACUGCCUUCUCCUGAGGCAUUAAAAUUCAAAGUUCUGAUAAAAAAUAAAAAAGUUGGAACAAUUGAGGAAGGUCUGCUCAGGAUGGAUGCUGAAUAUGGUGGUGAGACAGAGGAACUGAGUGACUCUGAAUCUGAGUCUGAGGAUGACGACACAGAUGACACGUUACCUCUUCAGCCAUCAAGGAGUCCCACCAGAAGAAGAAGAGAUCAUAGACUUUCACCCCCACCUCAAAAAAAACCAAAGGUGAGAAAGGGAAAGAUUGCCCUUGCAUUGUCAGACCUCGUGGUUUAUACCAAAUCUCAGAAGUUUGUGAGCUUUGAGCAUUCCCUGCAGCAUCAGCAGUGUUAUGAAAAUAAUUCAAUUGGAGAGAGUGCAGCACGAAAACUUUUAAGAUCUUCAGCUAAAGAGUUUAUUUCACAUACUACAAGAUUUAUUACAAGAAUUUACCCCAAGGGAACAAGAAUGAGCUCGUCAAAUUAUAAUCCUCAGGAGUUCUGGAAUGUAGGGUGUCAGAUGGUGGCCUUAAACUUCCAAACACCGGGAACACAAAUGGAAUUGCAAGAUGGAAAAUUCCUGGACAAUGGUGGUUGUGGCUAUGUGCUGAAACCUGUAUUCUUGAGGGAUCGCAAUACCACAUUUACACCCCGAAAUGUGGGAGGAUACAGCAAACCAAUGUCUCUGUCAAUAAGGCUGAUCAGUGGCCAUCAGUUACCACCCAGCAGCAUCUCUAGGACAAACAAAGCUGACCCCACAGUGCAGAUAGAAAUCUAUGGUGUACCAGAGGACCAAACAAGAAAGAAAUCUAGUAUUGUAAGAAGCAAUGCUUUGAGCCCUAAAUGGAAUGAAACAUUCUCUUUUAACAUCCAAGUUCCAGAACUGGCAAUGAUACGCUUCUGCGUGCAGGAUGAGAUUUCUCUGUGUAACAACGAAUUCCUUGGCCAGUACACUUUACCUGUGAUGAGCCUGAAUACAGGUUACCGUAACAUUCCAUUGAUAUCCAAAGAAGGCAUCAAGCUGGAACCUGCAUCACUCUUUAUUCAUAUUUCAUAUUAUCGAUGAUAUUCUGCAGAAGAAAUCAUUAAAAUAACAUCUGUGGCUUUGCAACAGCCCCAGUGGCCUGAUUCCCAGAGAGGCACAUUCACAAUGAUUUUGUGAAGCCAGAGGGAAUAUUAUGGAGGGGGUAUCCCAAAUAAGGGCUGCUGUCCUUGGCCCUACUGCUGUUUUUCUGUAGGAGAAGACUGGGUCUGAGAAAACCUAAGGAGCCUUGAGGUGCACAGGUCCAUGGGACGUGAUGAGAAACAUCCACAGGUCCUGAGGAAACUGGCCUGAGCCGCGAUCCCUCACUUGGGAAGUCAGGGCAGGUUGGGGAAGUUCCCACUGAUGGAAAAAGUGGAAACAUAGCCCACAUCUGCUAUCAAAAUCAGCGUUGAGGGAGGUGAUUUUACCCUCCUAGUCUGCUCUCAGGAGGUCCCACUUGGGAAGUUGCAUUUAGCUUUGGGGCCUCCAACACAAGAAAGAGGUUGAUCUUUUGGAGAGAGUCUAGAGGAGGGUCAUGAAAAUGAUCAUAAUUAGCAUCUGUGAACUUAAAGGAACCACUCAUGUUAAUUAUUUAAUAUAUAAAUAUAUAUUUAUAGCUCUAAGUCUAUUCAAUGCAUGUAUUGACUUGAACCCCUUAUGCAGCAUAGGACUGCAAUGUGGGAAGACUGCUGAACAAAUAUCUGUGGCAUCAUGAGCUUAAAUAAAUCCCCCCUGAAAGCUCACACUCAAUAUAAUCUCUUUAUUCAUGAACAUCAGCUUCUCCCUCCUCUCUUCACACAAAUGACCAGUUAUAUCUGCCUCUUGGAUGUCAGAAUAAAAGAAACAAUGAUACAUAUUGUUGACAAAUUAAUGUCCUGGAUUAAAUGUGACAUUGUAUCAAAACUUCUAACAUUCUUUAAAAAACCCAAAGUAUUGAUUGGAUAAGAUUUAAUAUGAAAUUUGCUGGACAUCUGCAGGGAAAUGUAUUGUCAGGGAACCAUCCCAUGGUCCUCUGGUGAACUCAUCACAUGCAAUGAUGAUAAAUUACAUCAUUACCAGCAUUGUUUCAACACCAUCAGUGGAAUUAAUGGGCAAAGAAUGCGGCCCCACACACUGAGAAUUUAGUAUUUUUACUGUACUAUUUAAUAUUAACAAAACCAAGCCCUUCAUUGCUGUCAUAAGAACUUCUGCAUAUUGCUACAAGUCCUUAGCACGUGAUUCCUUAAACUCACGCUGUCAGGAAUCUGUGGCAGGAACAUGGUAGCACAUUUAAGACAACAGCAUUAUGAAAUGUUAGGAUAUGUGCUCAGCAGAUGACUGCCUAUUCUCAAGGGCAACUGAGACAAAAUGUACCGUGGGAAAUGGGAUAAAGAAACAUUAGUGAGUGGGCAAAUAAUUGAAUCAUCUCGGAGAGCAUUUAAAUUACACUGUUUCCCAGGGAGUACCACUUUUCUUCAUUGAACUGGACACUGCUCAGUUGAAUGUUAACAGCUCCCACAAAUGUUCCUUUGCUUUUCACAACAAGCUUCAGUACACGGCCUUGGAGCUCUGGGACUCUGUCAUAUACAAUCUGCAAU